GUGAUUUUUUUUAUGUCUGCGGCCGAAGCGCGUUUUUUUCUCUUUUUUAAAAUCAGAUGUUUAAGUGAGGCCUGGACUGGGAGUCGCUCUUAGUAAAUUAUCGUCAAACGUAAUUGCGUGACAAUGAGGGUGAAAGUGGUGGCGGCGGAUGCCGAGUUCCAGCCCGAACUGACGAACGCCGGCUGCAGGUUAACGGUGGUGAAGUUCACGAUGAAAGGAUGUGGACCUUGUGUGCGAAUAGCUCCGGCUUUCAGUGCAUUGAGUUCCAAAUACCCACAUGCCGUUUUUCUGGAAGUUGAUGUGCAUCAGUGUCAGCAAACAGCAGCAGCCAAUAACAUCACAGCAACGCCAUCUUUUUUGUUCUUCCGAAAUAAAGUGAAAAUUGAUCAGCUUCAUGGAGCAGAUGCUAAUGGAUUGGAAGAAAAAAUUAAGCAACACCUAGAAAAUGAUCCAGGAAUUGAAGAUUUGGACAUUCCAAGAGGAUAUAUGGAUCUGAUGCCAUUUAUAAAUAAGGCUGGGUGUGAAUGUCUUAAUGAAAGUGAUGAAUAUGGAUUUGAUAACUGUCUACAAAAAGACCCAACGUAUUUGGAAUCUGAUUGUGAUGAACAACUUCUUGUGACAAUAGCAUUUAAUCAGCCAGUCAAGCUUUAUUCAAUGAGGCUUCAGGCUCCUGAGAAUGGCCGUGGACCAAAGUUUGUAAAAAUAUUCACCAAUCUGCCACGUUCAUUUGAUUUUGAUGAUGCGGAAAGAAGUGAACCAACCCAAACCCUGGAGUUAACACCAGAUGAUGUUAAAGAAGAUGGAGUUGUCCCACUGCGUUAUGUUAAAUUUCAGAAUAUUAAUAGUGUAACACUUUUUAUCAAAUCCAACCAAGGUGAUGAGGACACCACAAGAAUUAACUAUCUUGCAUUUAUCGGAACCCCUGUGCAAACCACAAAUAUGUUGGACUUCAGGCGGAUUGCUGGAAAGAAAGGAGAAAGCCACUAACUGAUUGAAGGGAUAAACUGGGUUUGCAUUGAUAGGACUACACUCGGCCAACAUUGUAUUUUCAGGAUCCUUGCAAUAUCAUCAACACCGUGACUCUUGACUUGGUUCUCUUGCUUCCAGACAUGCAAGCAAAUCAUUGUUCAGUUCAAAUAUUUUGUGGAUUAUUCUUGAAUGUAAUAAACUGGUUAAUUAUUUUUGGCAAAUGAGAAAAUCAUCCUGGAGGUCUCCUUGGAAUGCACCUGGAAGUUAGAGUUGUGCACUUAGCCUUGCUGUAACUAGCCAACCUAAAUGUGGUGAUAUUUUUCAGAUCUUCACCUGGAUUCCAAUGGUGAGCAGGUAGCUGUUCCUCUAAAUUUAAGAAAUACUAAAAUGAUUGCAUUUGCUGUCUGUCAACUCUAAUGCUAAUAGUGUUGAAUAAUUAAAGUAAUGUUUACCUAAUAGUGACAACUGUGGAUUUUUUUUUAAAUCAACAUUAGCUAUAUUAAAGAAGGAUUUGCAUAUUAGUUUAAUUGAACAGAUUAUUUAAUUAACUUAACACUAGAUCUAGUUCAAAUUUUAUCUGGCUAGCCUUAAACUUCUGUCCUUUGAUCUACUGGAACUGUUAAGUGCCUCUUUGCCUUGCAAUUUCUUUAGAACAAUGUUAGAACAUAUGAAUUUGCCACUUGUCACUUAGGUUGUCUGAUUCCAAUUAUAAUUAUAUUGGUCCACUUGUAAUUCAACAGCAAAUUCUGGUGUCAGCUGUGUUCAGCUAAUGACCGCACCUACAACUCUGACCUUCUGGAUUUGAGUUUCACUCCAGAGACUUGAACACAGCGAUCUUACCUAAUUCUCCAGUUCUGUAUGGAGCGACUACUGUGUUGUCAAGAAUGCUAUGGAUAAUGAAGCUGUGGCUGCUUGUGUCUCAGGAGAGACAAAGAGGAGCCUGGGGAAUUGGCCCCAGUGUCUUGUCCAAUAUUUAACCCUCAAUCAACCUAACUGAUUAUAGGGUCUUUGUCACAUUGCUGUGCAUGGGAGCUUGAUGUGUUCAGUUUCACUAAAUUGCAACAGUGAAGUUUAGUGCUGUUAUUUAAUUGCUAUUAAUGCAAAGGGAAAAUACUGCAAUUUUUUUGCAUGUUAGUUGCACGCAUUAACAAGAAGAAAACACCUUCAAAAGAAAAAGAUUAAAAAGGGAUUUCUGUCUUAGCCUUCCAUGUUACGAACAGCAAUCUGCCUUCUGUUGUGAAUGCUGACUGCACCAAAAGGUUCAAUGUUGUCCUAAAACUUGAGUGCACAAAGCAGUUGCCUUAAACAAGGCUUCUGUGUGGUCCUAGACAUGUAGUUUCUUUAACUUGCCCCCAUGGAAAUCAAUUUGACAUUUUGCUGUUUUGUGAAAAUACAUGUAAGUCAAAAUAAUUAUAUAAAAUUAAAUUCUUACAACUUAAGAAUCAAAGAUA